AUGCCUAUUUGAUUGACUUUUGGUAGGUGUGGUUGAGGGAAUUGAAUGAGAUUUGUUACUUUUCAUUUUUGUGUAUUGGUUUGAAAUGUGAGAGAGGGUAUGAAUGUGGUGGCAUUAUGUGUAUGCUAGUGAGGUGUUUUGAGUAAGUUAAAGAAUACUGUCCUCAUUAAUCACCCCACCCUUUCUCUAAUAUUUCAUACCUCACCACCCACCAAUUUCAUUUCCAUCAUCUUUCUCUCUUUCUCCCACCCCAUUUUUCAAGACUCUGUUUUCUCUCUCUAAAUUUUCCUUGCUGUCUGGGAUGGGUUUCGCAUCUCUCUGAUUUAGGCUUCUCUCAAAGGGGGAAAGCAGAGGUCUUGACUUUGGAUCUAUUGCUGUAUCUGCUGCUCUUUGGCCUGAUUUCCUGAAGAACAGUCUUGCUAUUUUUUCUACAUUAAUUUGUUUUGUUCAUAAUUAUUGGAAUAAAAUUCGGCUUAGCCGUAAUGCAAGGGCCAAGUAGCUCCGUCAGUACUUUACCUGAGAAUAUAGGAUUUGAUCAUGGCUCUGGGUCGGGUGACGCCACCAUAGAGUCCCAUUCCCAACUUCCGUGGACUAGUAUGCAGGCCACCGUGCAAAACCGGCUACCAGAUUACAGAAUGCUGCCAAGUGAGGCCAAUAAUCAGUACUUGCAACAUGUGAGGCAUGAGGGGCCGAAUGUGGAGUGGAGUGUAGGUGAAACUAGUUCCAGUUCAUCACAGCGCCUAGGCGAUCAAAAUGAGAGGAAAAUGGAGAAUAGUUGGACCUUUGGCUUGAGAACCAACCUCGCCUUAGAAGAGAGGCAAUACGAAGACUCUGAUGUUCGUUCAUUGGAUAACAUCAAUGUGAACUCACAAGGAAGUCAGGGUGCACACACUGGCUUUGGUUUGCGCACUUCUAGCUCCAGCGCCCUUCCUCAGGAUCUUAAUAUGAUCUCGGGAUUUGUUGAUUCAGAUGAUGAUGAUGACAACGAUGAUGAUUGCCAGGUAGUCGAGCGUCCCGGCUCCUACAUAUCUAUUGGACUGUCUAAUGAACAGAUGCAAGCUCCCCGCACCUCCUCUGAUCCGUUUUCCAUGCCUCCAAGGCGCGGUGGCUAUGUGAUGGACGAGAGGGAAGACAGGCCGGGUCUUUCAAUCGAUGGCCGACAUAUGUCAUGCAAGCGAAAAGCUCUUGAAGUGCAAACAGGACAGUCUUCGGGAGUAGGGAGCUCAAGUUUUCAACAUGAUGAAAGAAACCAAUUGCAUACCAUGCCAACCACUCAUGUUGCUGUCAGCAACUCUAGUGUACCGGCUUCAACACACAAUGAUGCCAUCGUUAAUAAUGGUUCGGAGCCAGCAAAUCCGAGGCUCAGGCUUGGUGCAGCAGCAGCAGCUCGUUCUGCGAUGCCUUUCUCGCUGACCUCUUCAGGGAAUGCAGAAAGUUCCCGUAGAAAUUUCCGUUUGCGAAUGAAUGGCCUACACCAACAGGAUACAUUUCCCAACAACUCUCUUUUGACCGAGACUGAUGUUGGAAAUGUAGGCCUUUCAUCUUCUAGGCACUCUUCUAGAUUACUCCGAAACCAUCUAUUUGAUAUGGCCCCGUCUAACUCAGUGGAAAAUGCAAACCUAAACAGCCGGCCUGUUCUGUCUGAUCCUCUUGUGCGCCGUAAUAAUCAUCCUAGGUGGCAAUCGAGAACUAGCAGGUGGGCUGCUGCUAUUGCUGCAGCAUCAGCAGCUUCCGAAGACAGGAGGAUGCCUUUCGGAGAGCCUUCUUCAAGGCAUAUUCCACAAAACAUUUCCGAGCAUCCUAUGUUCGUUCCAGCAAGUGAGAUGGGAAACUCAUCUCAGAAUCCUACGAACUGGAACUUUUCUGGCGGGAGCAACAGUGUGGCUGGAAAUUCCGCAUCUAGUUCUCGGGCCGGGUCCAGCACCGGCCUCAAUGCUGCUGCUACAAGUUGGUCCCAUCGGAGCCAUCCCCAAUAUCCUCAGAGAUUAUCAGAGAUUGUGAGGAGAUCUCUGUUGUCGAGUGCAGGAGCCGAGGCUGCAGGUCAGAGCAGCAAUCAUGCUGCAAGAUCGGGACUACCUCAGGAGAUGGUACUUCCAUCGGGAUCUGAAAGUCAUGGUCAUCGUGGGCUAAGCUCGAGAUCAGCAUAUCUGGAGAGGCACGUCGAUGGUGCUUUUGGGGUACCGCAUUCGCUGAGGGCUUUGGCUGCUGCAGGUGAAGGAAGAGGCGGUGUAAUGUCCGAGAUUCGCCACGUCCUGGACCUCAUGAGGAGAGGGGAAGGCUUGAGAUUUGAGGAUGUGAUGAUCCUCGAUCACUCGGUCCUUUUUGGGAUGGCCGACACCCAUGAUCGGCACCGGGAUAUGCGACUAGAUGUUGAUAACAUGUCGUACGAGGAACUAUUGGCCCUAGAGGAGCGCAUCGGAAAUGUGUGCACCGGGCUGAGUGAAGAAACCGUGACGAGCCGUUUGAAACGACGGAAAUACCUAGGUGGUAAAGCCAAGAAUGCGGCUGAGAUGGAGCCUUGCAGUAUAUGUCGGGAGGAGUAUAACAAAGGUGAAGAUCUCGGAGCGUUGGAAUGCGGGCAUAAUUUCCAUGCCGACUGCAUCAAGGAAUGGCUGAUGCAUAAGAACUUGUGCCCCAUUUGUAAAACGACGGGGCUGACCACCUGAGACACGGGCACCAGCAGUUCUUGGCUCGUCUUUCUAACGGAGAGUUGUGUUGGCAACGUGAGUCCUUAAAGGCAUCGUUGCUAAGAAGUUCACCGUCUUCCCUUUCGUAUUUUCGCCUCCGGCAGCCCUAAAUUAUCUUUGCUCUUCUGUGGAAGAUACAGUGAUUCUUGAAAAGAAAAUGAAAUUAGAGAACCUUGUUCAAUUUAGUCAGCAAUUGACAGGAUUUUUGAAUAUUCAACUAUUUACAUUCAUCUACCUUGUUACAUUUGACAAUAGUUUUAUGAUAUUUUAUUGGCUUUUAUUUGCUUUA